GAAGGUGUUAAGUGAAUUCUCGAAACUUUGCUACUAUGUUAUAGCGGAAUUUAAGUGUUUGGAUAAGUUAACUUUGUAUAUUUGUUCUUUGCAUAUAGGAAGGCUUGUAACUAGAUACCUUAAAAAACAACGAAUUUUACUUCACUACAAAGUGUUUUCAUAAUAAUCACAAAAUGGAUCAAAUGCUGAGUCCGGGGUUUUCCAUUCCCAGCAUUUCUGCAACACCGCUUCACCAAAUGGAUGCAGAUCAACAGAUUGUACCUAAUCCUGUUUAUCACCCUGCCGCGGAUACGCAUGACUUAAAUCACAUGGGAAUGCCUUCUUUAAUGAAUAGUGGAAACUCACCGGCAACUGUAAAUAGCUCUAAUAUGCUUGGCAGUUCGCAUCCCACUUUGCCCACGGCGCAUAAACAAAUGCAAUCGUUUCAAAGUUCCAGUUCUCUAAUGACAAAUGGUGGGACGCCACAAAGUUUAAUGCAACCCCAAACACCCCAAAGUUUGAUGUCACCAAUGGUACCGAUGAGUGAACGAGCGGAAAAUCUUAGUAAUAUACAUCAAACAAUGGGCCCUGCCACUCCUAUGACACCAAUGACACCUGGUUCCGCUGACCCCGGAAUUGUUCCCCAACUACAGAACAUAGUUUCAACAGUGAAUUUGUGUUGUAAAUUGGAUUUGAAAAAAAUAGCGCUGCAUGCACGUAAUGCAGAGUAUAAUCCCAAGCGUUUUGCCGCGGUUAUUAUGCGAAUUCGUGAGCCACGUACAACAGCACUAAUUUUCUCCUCGGGCAAAAUGGUAUGUACCGGUGCAAAGAGUGAGGAUGACUCUAGAUUGGCAGCAAGAAAGUAUGCACGAAUCAUUCAAAAAUUAGGAUUUCAGGCUAAAUUUCGUGAUUUCAAAAUCCAAAACAUGGUCGGAUCAUGUGAUGUGAAGUUUCCUAUACGUCUGGAAGGUCUUGUACUUACCCAUUGCAAUUUCAGUUCUUAUGAACCGGAGUUAUUUCCCGGUCUAAUUUAUCGAAUGGUUCGACCUCGUAUUGUGCUGCUAAUUUUCGUGUCCGGUAAAGUGGUGCUGACUGGUGCAAAAGUACGACAGGAAAUCUAUGAAGCGUUUGACAAGAUAUUCCCUAUUCUAAAGAAGUUCAAAAAGCAAUCUUAACACAAAGGUUCGUUUAUUGUUUCUUUGGGAGUUAUGAAUUCAUUUGCAAGCAAGUUUUGCAUUAAAUGACUCUUCGUUGCUUAAAGUUGGUUGCUGACAAUUACUUUGCAAUUGUUCUGGAUGAAUCAGGGAGUUAUUUUUCUAUAUAUUAAACCUAUAUAUAAUGUAUGUGUGGAAAACUAGAUAAGUGUACAUUGUAGUUUAUUUAAUAAGUAUGUAUAAUAUAUUUAGAAGCAACGGGUUCAUAAGCCGUGAACUAUAAAUAUACACCAAUUUUAUACGGCCUGUUCUAAUAUGUAUAUGUAACUAAUAUAGCUUUUUGUUUAAUAUAUUCAAAAUAAAUUGAAAAUAUACAAGUAAAUACGUCCAUUUCAUAUUGACUUUAGCAGGUUUUACCGAUGAAUCAUUGCUGUUGUUUAACAAUUGAACUUUUUUCUAACACUCCUAAAAUUGUAAAACACAAAUUGUGAGUUUUCAGCUAAAUCUACACCCAUUGGAUGGCCCACACGUUCCAAAAACAAUUCAAAGUCGUGUUCUUAUAAAUUUUACUUUAUAUUUCGUUCUCAUAAAGUAUAAUUACAUAUGUGGAAACAGAAUUAAAUUUAUGUUAUUACAAGCAUUGAGCCAUCAAUCCACCCAAGUUAUCGAACUCAAUCUUUUCGGUUAUAUUUUUCGUCUUGAUUUUCUCAUCUUGAACAGCAAU